AUGCACGACCUCGAAAAGUCAAGAGAUCAAGAAGGGCCUGGAAGCCCUUCCCCGGGACUCCUCACGCCUCAAGAUGCACCAACCGAGUCCAAAUCUACCUACAGCCCAUUCCAAUCCAUCGCUUGGAUGGUCGUCAACACCCUGGCCACACAUCGUCUACAGGUCUUCACCAACAAGGCCAUCUUUUCGGAACCCCGAUGGAAGCAGUGCCAGCUCACCUUCGCCGCCAUGCAUUUCCUCAUGACCUGGUUCACGCUUUUCAUACUGUCUCGAUCACCAAUUGGCGUCUUCGUGCCUCGUCCGGCCCUCGUCUGGCACAUCAUGCCCCUGGCUACGGCAAUGUGCUUCAACGUCAUUCUUCCAAACCUGUCGUUAGCCUACUCCACGGUCACGUUCUACCAGAUAGCUCGAAUACUGCUUACACCAACGGUUGCCAUCAUGAAUUUCACCUUGUAUCACGAAGUGCUUCCGAAAGGCGCCAUGCUCUCGUUGAUACCAGCUUGUCUGGGAGUAGGCAUGGUCACGUACUACGAUUCUAUCCCAACAGACAAUCAAACUAUCAAAACCACUUCUACCUUGGGAAUUAUAUUCGCCUUCACCGGCAUCUUUGCAUCGUCUCUGUAUACAGUCUGGAUUGCCGCCUACCAUAGAAAGCUCAACAUGAACAGCAUGCAGCUGCUCUACGUCCAAGCACCAAUGGCUUGUCUUCUCCUCCUCUUCUCCAUUCCCUUUUUUGAUCAAUUUCUUGUACCAGCGCAUAUACCAUCUUCCUUGAACAAGGAGAUGCUUGUCAUUGCAUCAAUGGUGUUUGCUUCACUCGUCAACAUCUCUCAAUUCUUUAUAGUGGCACAGACCGGCCCCGUUUCCAGUACAGUUGUCGGCCACAUCAAGACCUGCACCAUCGUAGGGCUGGGAUGGAUCUUGUCUGGCCGUCCAAUUAGCGAUAGGUCGGCGCUUGGAGUUGUUGUUGCGAUAACAGGGAUCGCCAUGUACUCAUUCAUCAUGUUGAAGCACAAGAUGCAGAAAAGUGCUGGAUGUAGAGUCGCAGCCACAGCGAAAAUGUGA